GUAAGUUGCAUGGUUUGCUAUCUUAAAUAAUUUGACGUCUUGACUAAAACAUACGAUGAAAUUUCAGCUUGCUCGCUGUGGAUUCUUCAGAAAUGGCUUUGUCCGAUCUGAAGACUACCUUUCUUCAUCCGAGUUGUACCCUGACAUUUACAACUCUUCCACAACCAUCAAGCAGUUUUUAGAGCAGCGUUAUAAUUCCUUGAAAUAGUAUAGAGGUCAACAAAUCCUGAACCGCUGCCAUAUUAUUUAAUUGCAAGAAUUAUAUAAAAUAGAAGAUGCCCGAUUAAUAGGACCAUAUUUUAUUAUGUUGAUAUGCUUAACGACUAUCUUGAUACAGUAGUUCCUUCUUGUAUGUAAUUCCGUACAGUGAAUCAAAUAUACUCGGUAUGCUUCGUCACGGAAGCAAAAGACUGCUUCCUGGCCAAUUCAACUUCAGCUCAAAAGCUCGACCUCAACCUAUUCCUCUGCUCAAACUCGAUUUCACGCCACCAUGGUCAAGUAUACCGUCAACGAGCGUGCCUACGCCUUACCUUUACUGCAUGCUGCUAAAUACCCAUCUUCAGAAGUUUGCGGUAUUCUAUUGGCAGAAGCAUCUUCAUCUGACAGCGAAACCGUCAACAUCACGCAAGCUGUACCUUUGUUCCAUCACUGGACUACCCUCACGCCAAUGCUAGAGGUCGCAUUACAACAGGUUGAUCUGUAUGCGACGAAAAAUAAACUGGAAAUAGUUGGUUGGUACGUUGCGAACGAGAACAACACCGACCGAUCGUUGAAUGAGCAUACGAUUAAAACGAUAGACAAGAUUUCGCGACAAAACAAGAAUGCUGUUGUAUUUUUGAUUGAUAAUGACAAUAUCGACUUGCACAACAACAAAGAAAGUGCCAUCUUGCCGCAUAUCAAGAAUGGUGGUCAAUGGCAGCAUAGCAAAUCGUCGUUCACUGCAAGUUCGGAUUUUCAAUUGACAAACGUGGAUACAUUUGCAAAAGUGCGUGGCCUUAUCAGCAACGGUCAAUACAAGGAUCUUGUAGACUUCGACAUCCAUCUUGAGGAUGUCUCUGCAGACUGGUUGACUAAUUCGAAAUUGCACGGCUUGUAACUGAGGAAAUAGAAACCCGUAUUGCCAUACAAAAAAUAUCGCCUAGCAUUUCCAAAUAGUUAUUCACUUAUCACAAAAGAUUAAUAGAAAUUGUUUU